CUGUCAAAAUAAAAAGAAAAUAAAGUCAAAUCAAAAAAAAUAGGAAAAUUUGUUGAAAAAUGCCUGAAGAGAGACGAUAUCGCAGAGAUCGCCAACGCAAUAAGGAGAAGAAAAAUCAGGAUGAGGGCAAAAAAAUCAUCCUUGCUAAAAAAGAUUCGUCAAAUGCUGCUUCUAAUACAUUAAGCACUCAACCAAAGUUGCUUUUGAAACCGAAAGACUUGACAAGAGAAGAAACAUCUCAACAAACAGCAGAAACAGAAUCAGCAAAAACUACUGAAUCGAGUCAGACAAGCCUAAUAUCCAAGAAUUUCCUCAAAUGAAAGAAUCUAUAAAGCUUCUCGGAUCGGAUUUUGUUUUUAAUAUAGAGUCGAUGGCACGAUUCAUUCAAGAGCAAAGUAAUGAUUUUCUUGUUGUUGCAUUUGUUGGACCUCAAAAUUCAGGAAAGUCAACGCUUGCGAAUUUGCUUUUAAAUGCAGAUCCUGAAGUUAAUGAAAAAAUUUUCAAAACACGUUCUCGGCAAUGUUUAACGCAUAUUGGGCCAAUAACCAAAGGCAUCGACAUAUAUAUUUCCAAAGAACGUGUCAUUGUGUUGGAUUGUGCUCCGAUUCUGUCGAAUAUUUCAUAUAAAGAUUUCAUUUCAAGCGAGUUAGAUGACUUGAAAACAUUAAGCUUCUUACUGACUGUUUGUAAUAUUAUCGUGAUUGUACAAGAAAAAUACGUAAAUUCGAGUAUUGCUCGAAUUAUUCUUGCCGCCGAAAUGAUGAGGACACGAAACCCUCUGAAUGGCACAGAUGAAGAAAAUUUAGCACAAAUAAUGCUUGUUGAGAAUAAAGCACAAAACGAAAGAUUAGCGGCGAAACACAUGAGAGAUAUGAAAUCUAUGUAUAAGACAAUUUUCCAAUGUUCCAAAAUCAACUAUUUUUUAAUGGAUUCUUCAAAGCCCGACGAAAAAAAUACUACUGAAAAUGUCAAUUUUUUUGUCUUUCCUGACUUGAAGCAUACCAAUCAAAGUACUGUCAAGAAUUCGAUAAAUAACUUUCGAACAAGAAUCUUAAUGAAUAAACGUUACACAACCAAGUACCAUCAAGGAACGCAGUUUAAUGAAAAAAUGUGGUUACAAUCGCUGAUCAAAACAUGGGAGUCACAAUGUAACAAUUACUUUUUUAAAAAGUAUGGAAAUUUAAAAGAGAAAUUCAACUUGCUCAAUCAUGUCUCUAUCAAUGAUGGACUUAAAUACGAUAAACAUGUGUACUAUCCCGAUGAUUGAAUAAAUAUAACGCCCCUUUUCUAUGCAAUUUUUGUUAUCCAUUUUUAGGGGGAUUCUGCGCCAAGUGUGUUUGUCUCAGGUGUCAAGUAUCGCUUUGGGAUGAAAAAUAUACAUAAAACACGUUUGUCCAUAUGAGGCUUCUUUAAUUUUUUAUUUUACUUAAUUAGGUCGCUCCAAAU